AUGCAGAAAUGCUUGCUGCUGCAACUCGGCCGCAACAUCCAUGUUUACGUGGACGACAUCGUGGUGAAGACCAAGCAGCACCUCACGCUCCUCCACGACCUGAAGGAGACCUUCGCCAACCUGCGCGAGUACAAGGUCAAGCUCAACCCAGAAAAAUGCGUUUUCGGCGUCCCGGCCAGAAAACUACUCGGCUUCCUCAUCUCGGAGCGCGGCAUUGAGGCAAACCCAGAGAAGAUCAAGGCCAUCGAACGCAUGCGCAAGCCGGCUCAGCUGCGCAAUGAGGACGAGGCUUUCCGGGAUCUCAAGCGCAUGCUCUCCACCGCACCGGUCCUGGCCGCACCGGCCGAGAAGGAGCCACUGUUGCUCUAUAUCACCGCGACCUCGCGGUCGGUCAGCACGGUGACGGUUGUCGAGCGACCAGAGAAGGACAAGGUCCAAGCUGUCCAGUGCCCCGUCUACUACCUGAGCGAGUAUUUCCAAGAACACGUUGUUACCGUGGUGAGCAUGGCCCCCCUCGGCGAGAUCAUCGGGUGCCGUGACGCCUCUGGCCGGGUCGCCAAGUGGGCGCUCGAGCUAGCUGGCCACACCAUCCUCUACGAGCCCCGCACAACAAUCAAGUCACAAGCUUUGGCCGACUUCCUCGUUGACUGGACCGAGACCCAGGCCUCCAACAACGGCGCCGAAUACGAAGCCCUUGUGCACGGCCUCUGGCUUGCCAAGGAACUCGGCAUCCGACGCAUCCUAUGCUUCGGCGACUCAGAUUUGGUGGUGCAACAGUGCUCCGGGGAAUGGGACGCCCGCGACCCCAACAUGGCAAGUAACCCCUUCCUCGUCCAAAAGCUGUCCAGAUUCUUCGAAGGCUGCGAGUUCCUCCACGUCCCAUGUGCGGAAAAUGAGGCUGCCGACACGCUCGCCAAGAUCGCUUCGUCCCGACAAUCCAUCCCGUCCGGCAUCUCCCUCGAGCACCUGCACAAGCCAUCCUUCAAGACGUCCCCGGACUCCGAGUCCAUCUACGUCCCGAGCGACCUGGCUGCACCUCAGCCCGGCCCGGGGACUGCUGAACCCGGCCUGGGGGCUGCCGAACCCGGCCCGGGGGCUACCGAACCCGGCCCGGGGACUGCCGAACCCGGCCCGAGGGCUGCCUCCACCAACCCGGCCGCCGCCCCGGAACCCGCCGUGGUGGCCGUCUUCACCGUGGUGACAGCACCAUCAUGGGCCCUGCCCAUCUCGGAGUUCCUGGAGAACGGGGUCCUCCCCAUGGAGGAGACCGAAGCUCGGCAACGCUGCGUCGAGCAAGAUAGGGGCAUCGAGAUCCUCCUCGACAUACACCAGGGUGAGUGCGAGCACCACGCUGCCUCGCGGUCCUUGGUGGCCAAAGCUUUCCGCCACGGUUUCUACUGGCCCAUGGCCCUCGACGACACAGAGUUGCUCAUCCUCACGUGCGAGGGAUGCCAGCACUUCAGCAAGCACAGCCACCAGCCGGCGUCGGCACUCCGGACCAUCCCGAUCACCUGGCCCUUCGGGGUCUGA